AUGCUCUCUGUGACAUUGGUGGAACUGCUUCUGGUUCUCUACUGCAGAUCCUUCAGUAACGAGAUUGUCAAAGCUUAUGCUCAAGACCACUUCUUUGACGUCAUCACAAACAUCAUUGGACUCAUUGCAGUAAUCCUCGCCAAUUACAUUGAUAAUUGGAUGGCUCCUGUUGGAGCUAUCAUUCUUGCAUUGUACAUGGUCAAUGACGGUUCUGGAGAACGUGAACUCUCUUGUUGA